AUGGAAACAGCAGUGAUCGGAGUGGUGGCCGUGCUGUUUGUGGUCACCGUAGCCAUCACCUGCAUCCUGUGCUGCUUCAGCUGUGACUCAAGGACCCAGGAUCCUCAGGGGGGCCCCGGCCACAGCUUUACAGUAGCCACGUUUUGCCAGGAGGCUUCUUUCUUCACUGGGCCAGGUCACCAUGCCCAACCAGUGGUGGGUGCCCGGGACUUCUGGACCUUCAUGUGAGGCCUGACAGUCCCCAGGAUUUGUUCUGCUGGUGGGUCAGAUUCACUCGUCACCCAGCGAGCCUUCCCCGGUGUCCUACUCCUCCAAUGCUGCAUUCCUGUCCUUCCCUGCCUCUAUUCUGCAAGCUCCCCGUCCCAUCCCAUCUCACUUUGCUGUGCCCUCCAGCCUGGGAGAUCCGCAGCGUUGGGACCAGACGGAAUUCAGCUUGGACCCCUGAGAGCUCAGCCGGACCCUUCCCACAGGAUGGGGCUUAGGAGAGGCCUGAAGAGUGACUGCUGGGCAGUGUCAGAUUGCACGGUGAGCCAGCUCUUCUGAUUUACAUGGGGGACUGAGAUGUCACUGGAAUUUAUUGUAAACAGAGUGCUGGUUCACUCAGGUUACCCCGGGAUGCCUGUGACACUGGUUCUCUUGCCACCAGAGGAAACAGCGAGCUCAAGUAGACAUUUUUAUGUUUCUAUCUCCCUUCUGAUUGAGUCGUUUUGUUACUUGCAAGUGCACAUUGCAAAGAACCUGAUGCCGAGAAUUGUCUCCUGCCAGUUGCCUGAAUCAGCCCUGAGAUCCUGAAACCAAAGGGCUGCUUCCUGGGAACACAGGAUUUAUUUUAUGAUUGAAAAUGUAUACCCCUUCAUAGACGUCUCAAGAAUCAACAGAAAAGAAUCAAGGUCAAGAAUCAAGAGGAAAAAGAAAGUCACAGCAAGUACAAGAUGUUUUCUUAACAGCAACGCCAGAAAGAAGACUUUGAAACAUACUUUGAGACUUUCUUACUAUAUUCUUAUAGGUCACUUCUACUCUCAGAGAAUGUAAGUGACUUCCAUCACUUAGGAAUGAUAGAAAAAUCAUGAGCUGCAAGAUAAUUCCAAAUACGUUAAAAUGUUGUGUUACAUUGAGAGCAUGUAACAAAGCUCUUGUUUUCAUCACAAAUAAAGACAUGCUCAGUUUUCAUUAAAAGAAAA